GUUUGAUGAUCAACAUGGAGGACUCCAGCAUGGAUACCAGCACCACCGUGUCUGAGGCAGUGACUGAAGAAAUGUCUCUUUUCAGUAUGACGGACAUGAUUCUCUUUUCACUCAUCGUGGGUCUCCUAACCUACUGGUUCCUGCUCAGAAAGAAAAAAGAUGAAGUCCCUGAGUUCAGCAAAAUCCAAACAACGACCUCCUCGGUCAAAGAGAGCAGCUUCGUGGAAAAGAUGAAGAAGACGGGGAGGAACAUCGUCGUGUUCUACGGAUCCCAGACGGGGACCGCCGAGGAAUUUGCCAACCGCUUGUCCAAGGACGCCCACCGCUACGGGAUGCGGGGCAUGGCAGCAGACCCCGAGGAGUACGACCUGGGUGACCUCAGCAGCCUGACCGAGAUCGAGAACUCCCUGGUAGUUUUCUGCAUGGCAACCUACGGGGAGGGGGACCCCACCGACAACGCCCAGGACUUCUAUGACUGGCUGCAGGAGACCGAUGUGGACCUCUCUGGGGUCAAGUAUGCGGUGUUUGGCCUCGGGAACAAGACCUACGAGCACUUCAAUGCAAUGGGCAAGUACGUGGACAAGCGGCUGGAGCAGCUGGGAGCUCAGCGCAUCUUUGACCUCGGGAUGGGAGACGAUGAUGGGAACUUGGAGGAGGAUUUCAUCACGUGGCGAGAGCAGUUCUGGCCGGCUGUGUGUGAGCACUUCGGUGUUGAAGCCACCGGAGAGGAGUCCAGCAUCCGCCAGUAUGAGCUCGUGGUCCACACAGACAUAGACACAGCCAAAGUGUACUCUGGCGAGAUGGGCCGCCUGAAGAGCUAUGAAAACCAGAAACCGCCCUUCGAUGCCAAGAAUCCGUUCUUGGCCGGAGUUACCACCAACCGGAAACUGAACCAGGGGACUGAGCGCCACCUCAUGCACCUGGAAUUAGACAUCUCAGAUUCCAAAAUCAGGUAUGAGUCUGGGGACCACGUUGCUGUGUACCCCGCCAACGACCCCACCCUCGUUAACCAGCUGGGUGAGAUCCUGGGUGCCGACCUGAAUGUCAUCAUGUCCCUGAACAACCUUGAUGAGGAGUCCAACAAGAAGCACCCGUUCCCCUGCCCCACCUCCUACCGCACGGCCCUCACCUACUACCUGGACAUCACCAACCCGCCCCGCACCAACGUGCUUUACGAGCUGGCCCAGUACGCCUCGGACCCCAGCGAGCAGGAGCACCUGCGCAAGAUGGCCUCCUCCUCGGGCGAGGGCAAAGAGCUGUACCUGAGCUGGGUGGUGGAGGCCCGGAGGAACAUUCUGGCCAUCCUCCAGGACUACCCGUCCCUGAGGCCGCCCAUCGACCACCUGUGCGAGCUGCUGCCCCGGCUGCAGGCCCGCUACUACUCCAUUGCCUCCUCCUCCAAGGUCCACCCCAACUCCGUGCACAUCUGCGCCGUGGUCGUGGAGUACGAGACCAAGUCUGGCCGAAUCAACAAGGGUGUGGCCACCAGCUGGCUGCGAGCCAAGGAGCCUGCUGGGGAGAACGGCCACCGGGCCCUGGUGCCCAUGUUCGUGCGCAAGUCCCAGUUCCGCCUGCCCUUCAAGUCCACCACGCCUGUCAUCAUGGUGGGCCCCGGCACCGGGGUGGCCCCUUUCAUAGGCUUCAUCCAGGAGCGCGCCUGGCUGCAGCAGCAGGGUAAGGAUGUCGGGGAGACACUGCUGUACUACGGCUGCCGCCGAUCGAACGAAGACUACCUGUACCGCGAGGAGCUGGCCCAGUUCCACAAGGAUGGCACCCUCACCCAGCUCAACGUGGCCUUCUCCCGGGAGCAGCCCCACAAGGUCUACGUGCAGCAUCUACUGAGAAGGGACAAGGAACAUCUGUGGAAGCUGAUCCACGAGGGCGGGGCCCACAUCUACGUCUGUGGGGAUGCUCGGAACAUGGCGAGGGACGUGCAGAACACCUUCUACGACAUCGUGGCCGAGUUCGGGGCCAUGGAGCACACGCAGGCUGUGGACUAUGUCAAGAAGCUGAUGACCAAGGGCCGCUACUCCCUGGACGUGUGGAGCUAGGGGCCAUGCAGCCCCUGCCAGGCCCUGCCCUUCACACCCCACCAGACCUGCUCCCAUGUAAUCACUCUCCU